AUGGAUGUUGAUGUGGGGCUAACAGAGGGCGACAGGUAUCCACAUGCCUUCUUCUUCGGGGACCGGCUGUCAUCCCAGCCGUGGCCGUGGUUCAAUCCUGCCGCUGCUGGGACCGCCGAGCUGCCGGCCAACCGGAUGGAUCGUCGAGGCUCUCCGAAGCCGGGGAGGGGGGCAGAACGACAGGAGGAGAGACCCCCAACCAGCAGUUCAACGUAUCUCAGACAGGGACACAACUUACAGAAACUACUCCUGUUGCUCAAUGUUGUUGCUGCUGUUUCAGGUGACUCACCUGUCUCAGUUUCUGGGUUCCUUGGGGAGCAGGUUGUACUGCCCUGUACCUACAAAGGGAAUGCCCCAGUCUCUGAUUUACUGGUGAUCUGGGAGACAGCCAAGGGUGAAAUUUUGCAGAAGUUCAUCACUGGGAACAAUGAUUUGACAGAACAAGAUCCACGAUUCAGAAACAGAACAAACCUGUUCAAAGAUCAACUGGGACAAGGCAACUGGUCAGUUCUGAUCUCUGACCUCAGGGAGUCAGACCAGAACCAGUAUUUAUGUGACAUUCACAAGAGGAUAGCUGUGGGUUAUAUACCAGAGCAAACUGAUAUCAUCCAUCUUUCUGUGACAGAGCGACCUCAAACACCUGUACCGACCAGGCUUGUACCAGGUGACUGGUCAGUUUCUGGGUUCCUUGGAGAGCAGAUUGUGCUGCCCUGUUCCUACAAAGGGAAUGUCCCAGUCUCAGAUUUACAGGUGAUUUGGGGAAUAUCAAGAUCUGAAAUUUUACACAAUUUUGUCGAUGGCAAUGAUGAUUUGACAGAACAAGACCCACGGUUCAGAAACAGAACAAAACUGUUCAAAGAUCAAUUGGAGCAAGGCAACUGGUCAAUUCUGAUCUCUGACCUCAGGAAGUCUGACAAGAAAAUGUAUGAGUGUCAGAUUUACAAGAAGAAAGAGGAGGUCCAUUAUUUAGUGAAAUCUGAUCUCGUCCAUCUCUUUGUGUUGGAGCGACCUCAAACACCUGUACCGACCAUGUCUGUACCAGGAGUACGGUCUGGAUUUGGAUUUGGAAUUGGAGUUGGAGUUGCUGUUGGUUUUUUUGCUGGAGUUUUGCUUUCUGGAAUUGUGUUUUGUGUAUUCCAAAGGCGACCAAAAUGGAAUUGUGUUCAAAAUCGACACUCCAACAAUCGAAAUGAAGGACCUAAUGAUGUCCCUUUGACAGGGGUGAGCUGUCCAGGUGAAGCAUGGGGCCUUGUGACAACAGCACCUGAGCAUCAGGAUGGAGUGGCUGGAGAAGAAAACCUUCUGGGGAACGGGACUCUCCAGCACUAACUGAGUUUCCCCUGCACUGAGCCUGUGUCAGGGAGGGGACAAUCAGGCCAGUAUUGUGGUUAUCCAGUGAUUCCUGGUGGAAUGUCUGAGCUCAGGAUUGGGAUUAACAAUCACUUCCCACUUUGCACAAACCGUCCUGAUCAGCACAAUCUCAGGAGGGAUUCAGAUUCUAGAUGGUUCACAGAUUGAAACUGUUUCUUGCCUGAACUUAUAUAGAUACAUUCGGUAUAUUUUAAUUUUGUCUUUUUUAUAUGCAGUUUUUUGUGGCAAACAGUGAGUGGUCAUAUUUUACAAGGGAUGUAUAAAAUUGCUAAUGUAAAUAUUUUCUGAAUGUGUCUAUACGUUUCUGUCAGGUUUAUUUUUUACUUUUCUACAUGUUGUUGUUGAUCCAAAGUCUAAUUAAAGAUAAACUGCUGCUGAAA